AGUUUGGACUAUUUCGACCAACGGUCGCGGCAAGGGGGGCAGUGUAUGGGUGGUCAGAACUUAUCUACGUUUUGUGACAACAAUAUUUUGGAUAAACAAACAUACGUCUGGAUUAUUUUAUGUGAAUUAGCAGUAUUUUGACUGCUAGGCACGAAUGAAAUAUUUUUUGUAUAGUCUGCAGAGGGGCACAUUGGCGCUCGCUAUAAUUUUGCCUGCGCUUUCUAGAAACGUUACGGCGUGCUGCCUAUCAAGGGACUAAGCUAGCGUGCUAGCUAGCUGACUUUUCACUCGACUAACGAGAGAAUUAGCUAACUUACUUUGCUAACUGUUAGCCACGUUAUUUAGGAUUGUGAAUUGAGUGAACUGUAGCGCGUGCCAUGGCCACACGGACGGUUAAUUACUCGGGAUAGCAAACUUUCGAAGAUAAUUUAUUAGUUCGAGAGUACAGUCUGUAGAUAGCUGGCUAGCUGCGGACUGUAAGCCACUUAUCUACUUUUUCGUUCUGUGGUGAUGAGUUUUGUUUGCCGAAUGUUUGUCAAUACGUCCCCGAAGAUGGGACCUAUUCGACAGAGACUAGACUUUAGCCAGAGCGACGGUGAGGACGAUGGCAACAACAGCAUUGAAGCGGAGUCGAGUCUCACAGAAAUGGAUUCUCCAGUACAAUCACCGAGACACAACUCCAAAUUAAAUCAAGACCUUACGGCGGAGGGUGAUGUUGACCAUUGGGACGAGGAGGGGUUUGGAUGUCUUUCUCCCCUAAAAUCACCAGAGACUUAUUUGAUGAAGGGAUCCCCUUCUCCGAGAAAAGGGGCAAGGCCCUACUACAACAUCUCGUCCCCGGAGUUUUCUUUUAAGCAGAGAGACGAGGACUCUCCCAUUCCCAAUUGUCCCGACACACCGCCCCAUAAAACCUUCAGAAAACUCAGACUAUUUGAUGUUCCUCACACACCUAAGAGUCUGUUGUCCAGAGCCAGGGGGGAAGCAACAGGAUCAACAGUCCGCAGGGUAGGACUAGGUGUCUACACGAAUGGGGACUCGACUGGAAGAUCAUACCGAAGUAGACACACAGAAGUAGCCCGAAGUAGACAGACACCUAUGAUCAACAUCAACCCAUUCACCCCUGACUCAUUGCUGAUUCAGACCGCAAAUUUACAGAGGAACAACAGAAAGAGAUCACACUGGAACGACUCAUGUGGAGAGGAUAUGGAAGCCAGUGAUGCUGAGUGUGAAGAGGACAUCAUUCCACCAUCAAAGAGAAUGACUCUUCUGGAUAGCAACAUGGUAUCAAGAUAUGCCACAGAGUUUCAUGAGCUUGAGAAGAUAGGCUCUGGGGAGUUUGGCUCGGUCUUCAAAUGUGUGAAAAGGCUUGAUGGUUGUGUCUACGCCAUCAAGCGCUCAAAGAAGCCCCUCGCUGGAUCUGUAGAUGAACAGAAUGCCCUCAGGGAGGUGUAUGCCCAUGCUGUCUUGGGACAGCACCCCCAUGUGGUGAGGUACUACUCUGCCUGGUCUGAGGAUGACCACAUGCUCAUACAGAAUGAGUAUUGUAAUGGGGGCACACUGGCAGAUGUGGUCACAGAGAACUACAGAACCAUGCACUUCCUGUCUGAGCUAGACCUGAAGGAUCUUCUCCUUCAGGUGGCCCGUGGACUCAAGUACAUUCACUCCACCUCGCUGGUUCACAUGGACAUCAAGCCAAGCAACAUCUUCUUAUCCCGGAGGACUAUGGUGUGUGUGGAUGAUUUUGACGAUGAUGAAGGACCAAGUACGAAUGUUGUUUACAAAAUAGGUGAUCUUGGCCAUGUGACCAGAAUAGACAAUCCUCAAGUUGAAGAAGGAGACAGCAGGUACCUGGCCAAUGAAGUCUUACAAGAGGACUACAGAAACCUCACCAGGGCAGAUAUUUUUGCCCUGGCAUUGACUUUAAUCAGUGCCUCGGGUGCUGAACCACUCCCAACCAAUGGGACGAAGUGGCAUGAGAUCAGACGAGGAAAACUGCCUCCUAUUCCUCAAGUGCUCUCCCAGGACUUCCUAAGUUUACUGAAGUUAAUGAUCCACCCUGACCCUGCCAGGAGGCCCUCCUCAUCUGGCCUCACCAAGCACCCAGUCCUCCUCACUGCCUCACGCAUGAGUGCUGACCAGCUCCGCGUUGAGCUCAAUGCAGAGAAGUUCAAAAACGCCCUGCUGCAGAAGGAGCUGAAGAAGGCCCAGCAGGCCAAAGCUGCAGCAGAGGAGAAGGUUCUGACCUCUGACCGGGUCCUGACGCGCUCCACCCUCCAGUCCAGCAGAAACUCCAGGCUCAUUGGCAAGAAGAUGAAUCGCUCCGUCAGCCUGACCAUCUACUGAACGCCAACACUGCUUAGCCACAUGGGUGUCAGGCUGGUUUGUGUUUACUAGACUAUAACAUGGAAACAAACUGACCAAACCCAGGAGGUAAUACUGGAAAGUUGUCGAAAAAGAAAUUCUUCUCAGUUUAAUGUUUGAAGUGUCUUUUUUGGUACAAUGUGCACUAAUGAAUACAACCCUUGUGGGGGUGGACCCUGGACAGAGAAGGUCUUACUAGCCAGACUAGGACAUAAUGUCUGGGCUUCACAGAGCUUACAAACGAACUGAUGGUUCUUACUGUUUGGUACUUGGAAAGGGUUAUAAGGACACAGGUUAUGUUUCACUCUAUAAAUAGUGAAAGACCUGUUACCUUCCCAAGCACUUGAAAUAUUCUUACAGUUUAUAUUAAAAACAAAAGUUGUUUUUAUUAAAGUGUGGGAGGACGGUAGUCCAUUCUUUUUCAAGUGUGAUGAUUUGGGAUGGUGUGAUCCAACUGUGCACCUUAGUGUGAUAUACCUGAUGUCAGGUAGUGAAAUGGGACAAUGGACUGAUAAAAUGAGCACUUUGAAUUUGCCUUAUGCUUACUGAAUGCUGCUAUACAUGUUGGUUUGUCUUUAACUAUAGUAGAGUUCAAUUUUAUAUUUUCCAUUCCUUUCAGAAGUUCCUUAUGUGCAGAAACUUGUUCACGGACUGUUUGUUUUACUCAUGUUCAUUAUUCAUGAUGAGCCAUCCAACCUGUGAUGUGGUUGGUAAAGGUGAAUCAUGGAAUGUUUAAAGCCCUGUGUCAUUUGUUUAACAUACUCACAGAGCAGUUGUAGUUAAACAAUUAAACUCUUGUUUAGUUAAACGCUCAGCAUUUUAAGCUUGGAUGUUUCCAUCAGCUCAACCUAAUAACUGUAGCAUUACUGACUUAUUAUCUGGUUUUAUAGACUGUGAAUGCAUCAUUGCUAGUAGGACGUACAUUAUGUGUGUAUAUUAUUUUUGAUUUUUUUUUUUGUUUUGUUACUUGUUCCAUUUUCAGUAAAUUCACACCUGAUAAUUAAAAAUUUCCUUCAAA